AUGAAUGAAGAUGCGAACGGAUGCGAGAGAUUUGUCAAUGUUACCGAGGACUUAGACGUUGAGAAAAUUGAUUACGGUAACGAGAGCAAGAGACGAGAACGUUCAAUGAGCGGUUCAGCUAAACUGAGCAACAACCUGUGGACGUAUAUUCGGAAUUACAAUCCGGGCGGCGCAAAGGCUCGCUACAACGCGGCGAUUCUGAUGAAACUGAUGAAACAGAUAUUGGAAGUGUUGAAAAAGGACCCAAUGGUUGUGAAAGUAGCUGUAAGAGAAUGAAAGGGGAGUGCGGGAGAACGGAAGCUUUUAUCACAGGGUCCUUCCGUCAUUUUCGGUCCUUUGCACGGAGAAGGCGACUCGAUGAUCACUCUGAUGAGCCAAUCGAAGAAGAUGCCGCCGGAGGUGACAUACGUGAUGCUCGGAUGUUACAUCGGAAGAGGCUUCGCCCAGCUGGAGUGCCUCGUCUUCCUGUUCUCCAUGAAGAUUCUGUUCCCGAGCAAAGUGGUCCUUCUGAAGGGACACCACGAAGAGUCGAUUGCGAUGGAGUUGUUGAAAGUGAAGGAUUGGCUGACGUUCAGAGGAAUCUCCCAGGAGGUGCAGCUCGAGGAGAUCAUCGUCGACAUGAAGAAGGCGUGCAAUGCGAUGUCGGCCGGGGCGGUCCUCAACGGGAAAAUACUGUGUAUGCCGGGUGGGCCGGGACCAGUGCUGAGGGAGCGAGGACUGAAGCAGUUGAUGUCUCUGAAGAAGGGCAUGCAGACGGUGGCCGACAAGAAGAUGAUGAUGGAAGCCGCGUGGUCCGUGCUCAUUCUGAACGAAGCACAAAAGGACAUGCACGGAAUGCCCUCGUUCACUGCGGUAAGCAGUGCAUUCUCAGCUUCUGAAUUUGGGAACAGUAUUUUCUUUUUCAGCAAGAAGCGGCCGAUUUCUGCAAGAAGCACAACCUGAAAUGCAUAAUCCGAGGCCGUCAAAUGGUCGACGACGGCUUCUUGAACAAGCCGAAAGAGGUUAUCACUCUGUUCUCGGCAGUCGCUUAUCUCGACAACUUCCGAAAUCACGCCGCCGCGAUGAUCGUCGACAAAGACAAAGUGAACAAUGAUUCGGAAGUGUCGAGGCAAUUCAGUUUUCAGGGAACCGUCAUUCGGUAUAAAAUGGAAGAGGGCGAGCAGCACUCUCUGGAAUUGGUCAAGCCGGGAAUGGGACGGAAUGCGGUGGAGGGCAACUGA